UCUUGCCUCUGCUGAAGAAGCAGAAAUAGACCUCAAGCUAUUCCUCUCUGGAGCAGUGUGUACAUUCACUGGACACAGGAUUUUCUGAACUGUUGGCCGGCUCAAGGUCUGGCAACAUUGGUAAGACUGGAAGAACUUCUGAAGAUUCAGAGGCAACAAAGCGUUCUCAGGACUCCCUGACUGUGUGCCAGCUGAAAUCCAGUGCCUUUAUUUGCUUGCAGUCAUGGGCCAGCUGUUAUCUUCACUUUUGAGUGCAUUCUAUGAGUUGGCCUCCAGAUUUACUGAUUUUUUUAACACAUUUAAGAAAGACGAUGUAAUCAUUCCUCAGGCCUGCAUCACUUCGUUUGAAUCAAACAUGAGAAAAGGGAACAUUCAGGGAGCAAUCUCUGUAGUCCGUGAUGCAUUAAAAGAAAUCGAUAGUACCUGUCUCAACAUUGCUGUCACCGGGGAGACUGGAUCAGGGAAGUCUAGCUUCAUCAAUACCCUGAGAGGCAUUGGACCUGAAGAGGAAGGUGCAGCUGAAACGGGGGUGGUGGGGGUAACCAUGGAGAGACAACCAUACAAACACCCCAAUAUACCCAAUGUGGUUUUUUGGGACCUGCCUGGGAUUGGAACCGCAAAGUUCCAACCAGACACUUACCUGGAGAAAAUGAAGUUCGACGAGUAUGACUUCUUCAUUAUUGUUUCGGCCACUCGCUUCAGUAAAAAUGAUAUAGACCUUGCCAAAGCAAUCAGCAUGAUGAAGAAGGAAUUCUACUUCGUGAGAACCAAGGUGGACUCUGACUUAAAAAACGAAGAGGAUUUCAAACCUAAAUAUUUUGAUAGUAAAAAGGUCCUGCAGGACAUUCGUCUUAACUGUGUGAACAACUUUAGGGAAAAUGGCAUUGCUGAGCCACCUAUCUUCCUGGUCUCUAACAAAAAUGUUUAUCACUAUGACUUCCCCAUCCUGAUGGACAGGCUGAUGAACGAUCUUCCUGUCUACAAGAGACAUAAUUUUAUGCUCUCCUUACCCAAUAUUACCGAUUCAGUCAUUGAAAAGAAGCAGCAAUGUCUGAAGCAGAGGAUUUGGCUGGAAGGCUUUGCAGCUGACCUACUGAGUAUCAUCCCUUCACUGAACUUCUUGGACAGUGAUUUGGAGACUCUGGAGAAAAGCAUGAAGUUCUACCGCACUGCGUUUGGAGUGGAUGACAGAUCCUUGCAGAGCUUGGCUAGGUACUUGAAUAUACCAGUGGAUCAGGUGGAAGCCAUGAUGAAAUCUCCUGCCAUGUUCAAACCUACAGAUGAAGAAACUAUACAAGAAAGGCUUUCAAGAUAUGCUCGGGAGUUCUGUUUGACUAAUGGGUACUUAGUUACUAAAAAUCAUUAUUUUAGAGAAAUAUUCUACAUGAAAUUUUAUUUCCUUGGCAUCGUGGCUGAGGAUGCUAAAACUCUUUUCAAACAGAUAUGUUUAAGAAACUAGUUGCUUUCUAAUUAGACUGAAGUCCUGUCACUUUCACAAAAAUCAGAGUCAAUGACAGAAAAACAGGACUCUGAUACUGUUAAACAAUAUGUUGCGUUUAUCCAGGUUAUUCAGUCUUUAUCCAUAUUUACUGAUUAUGUAUCCAUAUUAGCUAAAGCAAGGGGAUCAGAUAUGUAUAAAUAAACUGAUAACUAAAAACUAUCCCCUCACUUUGAGAGGUGAUGGAUGAUUAUCCAGAUAAUUAGAUCUAAUGGAUAUGCAGUAAACAUUCUUUGUUGUAAACUUCAAUUUCAAUUUGUGAUUUGAUUUCAUGUAUAAACUUGUGCUGAACUUUUAACAUGUGAUCAUGCAUUCAGAAAGAUGUGUAAGCACUGAGGACAAAGAAAUGAAGAGAAGAAAAUGUCCCUUCCCCACUUAGGAUCUUUCUGCUUUCCCCUCUUCUUAGCUUUC